AUGUCCGACGCUGCACAUCAAAACGAUGUUUUAGAACCGCCUUCCUCGAAGAAAAUUAAAAUUGACCAGCAAAAUGAGAACGGUGUCAGUGUAAAGCAGUUAGAAUUGAAAGAUUUUAUUGCAGAGAAAGUUAUAAAAAACAAUACAAACACUAAAACAGUGUGCAUUGAAGGAAAAUUCCGUGAUAAAACUGGCGUGGCUUUGGUGGUGUUAGAGAAAAAUGCUUUUAAAGAGGAAGAAUUGAAUGACACGGGCUAUUUUUGCCCAGAAACGGUACAGGAAACGUAUUUCCAAAACGAUAUUUAUGGAAAUUACGUUUGUUUUCCUAAAUCUGCAGUAAACGGCGUGAAAACCACUAUAAUCUACCCGGCCACAGAGAAGCACAUAGUUAAGUACAGCCAACAGGAGGUACAUAUAGUUGUAGAAACUCCGGAGCUAUACGAGAAACUGACACUGCCGCAUAUUGAGAAAGAGCAGUUUAAUUUACAGUGGGUUUACAACAUUCUAGAGGGCAAAACAGAGCAAGACCGGAUAGUUCACAACAACCCGUGUGAGCAGGACGGCUUCGUACUCCUGCCUGAUCUCAAGUGGGACGGGGUCACCAAGGAGACAUUGUACCUGCUAGCGAUUGUACGUAGAAGGGGCAUCAAGUCACUAAGGGAUUUGAACGCAAGCCACCUACCUUUGUUGAAGAGAGUGAGGGACGAAGGGAAGAAAAAGAUCCUAGAAAAGUACAACUUGCCAGAGAGUCAGCUACGCAUUUACUUCCACUACCAGCCUUCGUUCUACCAUCUACAUAUACAUUUUACAUACCUGAGACACGAAGCACCUGGAAUCUAUGCAGAGAAAGCACACUUACUCAGCACUGUUAUUAACAACAUCGAAAUGAUGAACAAUUACUACCAAAAGGCAUCGUUACCAUUCACCAUCAAACAGAUGGACAAUAUCUUUAAAGUCUAUGAAACCAACGGUUGUGUACAAAGAAUUGAUUCAAAUAUUGAGAACACCGAAUUAAUUGAUAAGUAA